AACAAGGCCAAUAACCAAUAGAGGGAGAGAAAAGAGAGAAAUAUGAGUUUAAUAUUUCGAGUUUUGGUUCUGUUGGCCUGCAUUUUCCCAGCUUUGGUCGAAUGCCGAGUUCGGCAUUACAAAUUCGAUGUGGUUUUAAAAAAUACUACCAAACUCUGUUCCAGUAAGCAAAUCGUCACCGUUAAUGGGAAGUUUCCAGGUCCCACCAUCUAUGCUAGGGAAGAUGACACAGUGCUUAUUAAUGUUGUUAACCACGUUCAAUACAACCUUUCCAUUCACUGGCAUGGAGUUCGGCAGCUUCGAACCGGUUGGGCGGAUGGACCAGCAUACAUUACACAAUGUCCCAUCCCAUCAGGGCAAAGCUAUUUGUAUAACUUCACCGUUACAGGCCAAAGAGGCACCCUUCUUUGGCACGCACAUAUUCUUUGGCUGAGGGCGACUGUCCAUGGUGCUUUGGUCAUCUUGCCCAAGCUCGGCGUUCCAUAUCCAUUCCCAGCUCCGAACAAAGAAGUCGUCGUUGUAUUAGCUGAGUGGUGGAAAUCCGACACCGAAGCCGUGAUCAAUGAAGCUCUCAAAUCAGGAUUAGCUCCAAAUGUAUCAGAUGCUCACACAAUCAAUGGUCAUUCAGGACCCAUUUCAAAUUGUUCUACACAAGGGGGCUUCACAUUACCUGUCAAGAGUGGACAUACCUACUUACUGCGCAUAAUCAAUGCUGCACUCAAUGAGGAGCUCUUCUUCAAGAUUGCUGGGCACAAGCUCACAGUUGUGGAAGUAGAUGCUACCUAUGUGAAACCAUUCAAAACGGACACUAUUUUGAUUGCCCCAGGCCAAACCACCAAUGCCCUCAUAACUGCUGAUCAAACCUCUGGCAAGUACUUGGUUGCAGCCUCCCCUUUCAUGGACUCUCCAAUCGCGGUUGACAACAACACCGCAACAGCCACGCUGCAUUACGCCGGCACACUUGCGACAACCGCAGCGACCUUAACCGCUCCGCCUCCUCAAAAUGCAACCCCAGUAGCCAACAACUUCAUAGAUUCUCUCAGAAGCCUUAACUCAAACACCUAUCCUGCAAAAGUCCCUUUGACCAUUGAUCAUAACCUUUACUUCACAGUUGGGCUUGGAAUCAACCCUUGUCCCACCUGCAAAGCUGGGAACGGAAGCCGAGCAGUAGCUAGCAUUAACAACGUCACAUUCGUAAUGCCAACCACAGCCUUACUUCAAGCUCAUUACUUCAACAUCAAUGGAGUUUUUACAACUGACUUCCCAGCUAACCCACCUCAUGUUUUCAACUACACUGGAAGUGGGCCGUCGAAUCUGCAGACAACAAGGGGGACUAAGCUGUAUAAGCUGAAAUUUAACUCAACAGUGGAGCUGGUUUUGCAAGAUACCGGAAUCCUCACCGCAGAAAACCACCCUAUUCAUCUACAUGGGUUUAAUUUCUUCGUGGUUGGAAGAGGAAUCGGGAACUAUGACGCUAAAAAUGACCCCAAAUCGUUCAAUCUCGUCGACCCUGUUGAGAGAAAUACCGUCGGAGUUCCUUCCGGUGGAUGGACGGCCAUCAGAUUUAGAGCCGAUAAUCCAGGAGUUUGGUUCAUGCAUUGCCAUUUGGAAGUGCACACAACAUGGGGAUUAAAGAUGGCUUUCUUAGUGGAAAAUGGAAAAGGACCAAACCAAUCAAUAAUUCCACCUCCAAAGGACCUCCCUAAAUGUUAAGAGUCCACAAACAAAAUCCCAAUUUUCACAACCACCAACCCAUUCCCCCAAUUCUAAUAAUAAAUAUCACAUCAUCAAAUAUAAAGCCCAUUGAGAAGACAAGAGAGAAACAAGAAUGUAGCCUUUGUUGGCUCUUUUUCUUUUUCUUUUCUUUUUUUUUUUCUUUCAAUUCUACAUUUUAUUUUUAUUUUUUUGCUUAAGCUUGUUGAAAUAAAUCUCACUUUGUAAUUUAUUUGUUUGAACAAAAAAUUCAUUUUUUUUUUCCUUUCACUUCCUUUUCUUUUCCAAGAGUUUGUAUUGAGAAAAAGAGCAGAUAAUAAAGCUUAAUGUUAGGUCUGCUUUUGUCUA